AUGGACGUCUCCAUGAUACGUAAAAUGCGGCGUCAGGGGGAUAUCCCGUACCGGCUUAUACCCAAAAAUCCUCUUGAGUUCAAUGAUGACCCAUGCUUUCCUAUGGACCGCAAACAAGUUAUCCCGUUGUGCAAUGUCAUCGAGUCCUACUAUGAUAUGAUGGGUUACGCGUCCGGAAGGUUUCGCACCACCGUAUACUUUGGAUGUGAAACGGUGAGUGGUAUAUGGCCCCGGUCAAUGCGCUCCCACCGACAUGCAGAGAUACCACACCAGCGCAACAAAGUAAUCACUUGUCGGAAAUUCAACUCAUCCGAUGGGACUUUCUCGCCGAGCUUCGAAGCGACAGUUGUCAAUAGAUACAUGAACAGAGCCUUGCUUGGUGUUGAUAUCCCUUAUUACCGUGCGCAUAGCUCGACGCCACGAGGUCCUGAAGACGUUCAAAGACUCAUCGGGGAAAUGUGUCUCGUGAAGGAGCUAGUCGAAGACCCAUCUGACCCAGAAGGCGAUCAUUUUCUUUGGGAAUGGACUCCUGCUAUAAUCGAGAGCGAUUGGGCGGGUCCCUUUUUGGUGCGAUUCGAGAAAGGUUACCGGGCGCACUUGAAACAUGGAGACGAGCUAGUGCACGCCAUCUGGGCUGCGCCCAACACCGCACAAGCUCGCGAUAUUCUUCGAGCUCAUGAUGAACCGAUGGCUGAACCAGUGGUUGAGUGA